AUGUCAAGGUCAUCUUAUGACAGAUACCUAACCGUCUUCUCACCUGAGGGGCGCCUUUACCAAGUAGAAUAUGCUUUCAAAGCCAUUUCAGGCUCGGGACACACCGCUGUCGCGGUUCGCGGGAAGGAUACGAGUGUAGUUAUCACCCAGAAGAAGGUCCCAGACAAACUGCUCGACGCUUCGACUGUCACCCACCUUUUCAGUCUAACACCCACCAUUGGAUGUGUGAUGACAGGCCGUCUCGCCGAUGCUCGUGCCCAAGUCACUCGGGCACGUCAGGAAGCAGCAGAUCAUCGGUACAAAUUUGGCUACGAGAUUCCACCUGAUGCACUCGCUCGACGGCUAGCAAAUAUCAACCAGGUCUACACACAACGUGCUGCGAUGCGGCCCCUCGGCAUAGCAAUGAUUAUCAUUGGCCAUGAUGAGUUUCUGGGCCCACAAAUAUUUAAACUAGAUCCCGCUGGCUAUUUCGUCGGAUUCCAUGCCACGGCCGCCGGCCAAAAACAGCAAGAGAGCAUGAAUGUGUUGGAGAAAAAAUGGAAAAAACUCGAUGGCAGUGGCGGCGAAGACGCCAAGAGGGCAGGACAAACUCUGAAUCGGGAUGCUGUCAUCGAACUUGCAAUUGAAACUUUAUCAACGGUUCACUCGACUGAAUAUAAGCCGGGCGAGAUCGAGAUUGGGAUAGUUUCGACAUCGGAGUCAGAGCCAGAGAAAAGUAGGGGGAAGUGGAGAGUCCUAAGCCAGGAUGAAGUCGAGAAGGCUCUCAUCGCGUACGGGGAGAAAGAUUGAUGUACACUACUUCAAUUGUGUUCUCGUCGGGACAUGUGUAAUCAUUUGGCCAGGUAUUCGAUCCUUAGAAGCUACUGGAUAGUUGCAGGUGAUUACAGUCCCAAUCUAGUUUUUUCUGGAGGGCAUUACAGCGCCCCCACU